AAAAAACAUAAUUUAUUUCAACUUGUAUAAAUUAAACUUUUUUAAAUAUCUCCCAUCCCCCAAAGUGGGCGUUGUUUAUUACUAGUAAUAAUAAAAAUAAGAGUAUUGGCAUUGACAAAGCAAAUAAUAUUUGAAUGAUUAUGGUUCCGCCGCUACAGCAUGGCUCAGUCAAACUCCUUGAGCAAAGUCAGUUGUCACCACCGCCAGGUUCAGUCGCCACAACAUCUCUUCCUCUCACCUUCUUCGACAUCUCAUGGCUCCUUUGCCGCCACAUGCAGCGCCUCAACUUCUACCAACUCUCUACCUCAACCCAAAACUUCAUACAUCACCAUCUUCCCAUUCUCAAGCUCUCUCUCUCCCUCACUCUCCGCCACUUCUUUCCCUUCGCCGGUAAUCUUAUUUCCCCUCCGUCACCGGCCCAUCCCCAUAUACUCUUCACGGGCUGCGAUUCCGUAACUUUAUCAGUCUACGAAUCCGAAGCCAAUUGCCAACGUCUCUUCGCUCAUGGUCCACGCGCCGCCGAAGAACUUCACCCUUUUAUCCCCAACUUGCCACCGGCGCGUAAAGAAGGCGAAACGAGAGUCUUGCCGCUCAUGGCUCUACAAGUUACCAUCUUCCCCGAAUCUGGAAUCUGCAUAGGCGUUAGAUUUAGCCACGUGGCUGCUGAUGGGAGAGCUUUUAACCAUUUCAUGAAAUCCUGGGCGUCCAUUUGUAAGAAGAGUACUGGAGACUCUGGGUCAAUUCCACUUGGCCUAGACGAGUCUCGAGAUGCGAUACCGAGUCAUGAUAGGGCUGGGAUUGAAGACCCAAAUGGGUUAAAGUCUAUUUUCUUGGACGAGUGGUGGACCUUGGCGUCGACGUGGGACGAGGAUGCGGGUCCACCUGGUCAUUCUCUUGAACAUAAGGUUCGUGCCACGUUUGUAUUGAGCCAAGCUCAGAUUGAGAGGCUCAAAGCUUGGACCACAGAUCAAGUCUCAAACGACAGCGACUCGACGUCGUUUCGUGCGUCCUCGUUUGUCCUAACCUGUGCAUUGAUAUGGGUUUGUUUGAUCAAAUCAGAAGAGAGCGACAUAAAAAACGACAAUGAUCUUCUAUAUUUCAUUUUCGUAGCUGACUGUCGAAACCGGCUCUCAAAGUGUCCAAUCCCAGAUAAUUAUUUUGGAAAUUGUUUAUCGAUUUGCUUUGUGCGGCUUACUAGGAAGGAACUAACGGGAGAAAAUGGAAUGGUGGAGGCCAUGAAAGUGAUUGGAAAGAGAAUUGGGGAGCUGGAGAAGAAUGGGCCUUUGGAAGGAGCAGAGAAGUGGAUGGUGAAGUGGAAAGAAGUGGCGGAACGAUGGAAACAUGUUACGGUGGCUGGGUCACCGAGACUGGGUGCUUAUGAUCCAGAUUUUGGGUGGGGGAAACCCAAAAAAGUUGAAUUUGUUCAGAUUGAUCGUUCGGUUGCUUUUUCUGUAGCUGAAAAUGGAAACGAGGAAGGUGGGGUUGAGGUUGGUGUGGCGUUGACUAGUGCCCAGAUGAGUUGUUUCAAAUCGCUCUUUGAACGUAAUUUGAAAGCAUGGUCCAAAUAGAAUAAUAUAUGCAUGUGUAUGUGUUGAAUAAAACAAAAUAUGAUUUAUAAUACAUUACACUAAAAUGUUAACCCUAGCUUGGCUUCUGCAAACUCAUCACUUUUGGAUCUCUCCUAAUUUU